AUGAACUACUUACCUCCAUGCAUUGCUCACCUGGUGAUAUCUUUUCCCCACUGUACAGCAGGAGAUGAAAAUCUGGCGAACGCCAGCUCUCCCUCCCCUGUGUUGCCUUCACCUGCACGCUCCACAUCACUCUCACCUCCAGGCACCACUGAAGUCAACAGUGACUACAUCUGCAUUAAUGAAACUGCUGUACCUCUCACCACAGGUGUCUCUCCUGCAGACAGCACAUACUUCUCCACGCACGCAGGCUCUGUCCCUGCCACGGGACUCAGCAACCCACCACGCAGCAGCUCUGCCGCCCUCACCACACGCACUCCCAUUGCCUUCAAGAAUGCUUCAUCAGAUUAUUACAAUUCAACAUCCUUGCACAGCACCAUCUCACCAGACAGCACGCCAGCAAACACUGGGAUCAUCCCCAAUCACACAAUAGGUGACAAACUUGCACACAGUCAUCACAAUUAUGAUACUGCAACAACUCCCACAGUGACACCUCAAGGACCUUGUGAUGAUGGUGUUGAACACAAAAUAAGUAUAUACAAAAAGAAUAACACCGCAGAAGUUAUACUGAAAAAUCUCACAGAAACGAGAAAAUAUCAUAUUUGGGGGGCUAACAAGAAGUUAUUUUCAUUUACAAAUGGUGACACCUAUACAGUAAACCUUCAGACAUGCAUGAGAUAUACAAUUGAAGUUGAAAAUUGCACAUACAAAAAUUUUACUAUUCAGCCUGCUAGCAGCGAGAAACCUUUCAACGUUACGGAUAAAACCAACACCUCUGCAAGGGUCUGUUGGGAAGAGUCAUGUGCCUGUGCUAAUGUGACUGUUAGCUGUCAAGGUUUAGAAAAGGCUACAAUAUUAAAUAAAACUUGUCAACACCUGAAGAGGUUAUCACCCAACCAUGUGUACAACUGCCAUGGUACCAUAAAUGUUUUUGAAAAUGAGGUUGCCAACCAAUACUUCAGCAUAGAAACAGAUUAUGGUGAUCCAGAAGCAGUAGAAAACAUUUCAGUAGUUCCUAAUGCCACAGCAGCAUUAGUUAAAUGGAAGCAACCUAGCAACGUUUCAAAGGGUCCUAUACAUGGCUAUGAAGUGAUAUGCAAUGGCACAGGCACACAGAAUGGAACUGCCAACACAACUGACUGUACUUGCUCUAACUUAGAAGCUUAUGCCGACGGUUCUGUAACUGUGACUCCGUAUACAAAGAGCAAAUAUGGUGAGAGAACGUUUAGAGGAAAACCUGUAACACAUAACUUUAAAACAAAAUCAAGAGAACCAGACCCAGUGGUUAAUGUUACUGCAACAUUGAUAGCUGAUAAUGCUGUCCAAAUUGACUGCAAACAUCAAAAAGUGUAUGGACCAAAAACUACAUUUGAAUUGACUUGGGAAAAUGAAAACAAUGUCUCCCGUAACGACUGUAAAUUUACAAAAGAAAAUCUCUCGUACUUGACAAACUAUACAUUUUCGAUUGUAGUGUUUAAUGGAGAAUAUACAGGGCAGCCAGUAAUGAAGAGUAUAAAAACCAGAUAUAAUUCUAAAGCCCUGAUUAUAUUCUUGGUGUUCCUGAUUGUUGUGACAUCAGUUGCUUUACUACUGGUUCUGUACAAAAUCUAUGAUCUUCACAAGAAAAAGCUGAGCAAUUCUUCUGAAGGAGUGAACCUUGUUGCAGUUAAAGAUGAUGACAGGCAGCUUCUGAACAUAGAGCCAAUACCUGCGGAGCAAUUGCUGGACACAUACAAGAAGAAGAUUGCUGAUGAAGGAAGACUUUUCUUGGAUGAAUUUCAGAGUAUUCCUAGAGUUUUCACUAAAUUUUCAAUAAAGGAGGCCAAAAAAAGCCAUAAUCAGAACAAAAACCGUUACAUUGAUAUCCUUCCAUAUGAUCAUAACCGUGUUGAGCUAUCAGAGAUCCCAGGAGACCCAGGAUCAGACUAUAUCAAUGCAAGUUAUAUUGAUGGCUUCAAAGAACCAAGAAAAUACAUUGCUGCACAAGGCCCCAAGGAUGAAACCACGGAUGACUUCUGGAGAAUGAUCUGGGAACAGAAGGCAACAGUUAUUGUCAUGGUGACUCGCUGUGAGGAAGGAAAAAGGAACAAAUGUGCCCAAUACUGGCCGUCAAUGGAGAAUGGCUCUGCAACGUAUGGGGACAUCAUUGUGAAGAUCAAUGAAAGUAAAACAUGUCCAGACUAUGUCAUUCAGAAACUGCACAUCACCAAUGGAAGAGAAAGGACAGCUGGAAGAGAUGUCACUCAUAUUCAGUUCACUAGCUGGCCAGACCAUGGAGUUCCUGAGGAUCCGCAUCUCCUUCUCAAACUCCGACGCAGAGUUAAUGCUCUCAGCAACUUUUUUAGUGGUCCAAUAGUGGUUCAUUGCAGUGCUGGUGUUGGGCGGACUGGGACAUAUAUAGGAAUUGAUGCCAUGCUGGAGGGGCUGGAUGCAGAAGGCAGAGUGGAUGUUUAUGGCUAUGUUGUGAAGCUGCGUCGGCAGCGAUGCCUCAUGGUUCAAGUAGAGUCACAGUACAUCCUUAUCCAUCAAGCACUAGUGGAAUACAAUCAGUAUGGAGAAACAGAGGUCAGUCUCUCAGAACUGCACUCCCAUCUUAACCAUCUGAAAAGAAAAGAUUCUCCAAAUGAAUUUUCUCUGCUGGAGGCAGAGUUUCAGAGAUUACCUUCCUAUAAGGGGUGGCGGACACAGAACACUGGGAAUCGUGAGGAAAAUAAAAGCAAAAAUAGGAAUGCCAACAUAAUUCCAUAUGACUUUAACCGAGUGCCCAUCAGGCACGAAGACGAAUGCAGUAAGGAGGGAGAACAUGAUUCAGAUGAUUCCUCAGAUGAGGACAGCGACUGUGAGGAAUCAAGCAAAUACAUCAAUGCUUCCUUCAUAACUGGUUACUGGGGUCCGAAAGCCAUGAUUGCAACACAGGGACCACUGCAGGAAACUAUCUCUGACUUCUGGCAAAUGGUCUUCCAAAGAAAAGUCAAAGUCAUUGUUAUGCUGACAGAGCUGAAAGAAGGAGAUCAAGAACUCUGUGCACAGUACUGGGGAGAAGGAAAACAAACAUAUGAUGGCAUAGAAGUUCAAAUGACAGACGUCAACUUCUGUCCUAGCUAUACCAUACGUGCAUUUGAUGUUACAAAUCUGAAGACGAAAGAAACACAGAAGGUGUAUCAGUAUCAGUAUCACAAGUGGAGUGGCUUGGAUGUUCCGGAAAACCCCAAAGAUUUAGUCAGCAUGAUUCUCAACCUUAAACAAAAAGUCCCAGCCAGACCAGUCACUGAGGACCACAGGACUAGCCGCAAUGUCCCGCUUGUUGUCCACUGCCGUGAUGGAUCACAGCAGACUGGUGUAUUUUGUGCUUUAAUGACCCUCUUGGAAUGUGCAGAAAUAGAAGAAGUAAUAGAUGUUUUCCAAGUAGUAAAAGCUCUUCGUCGCUCCAGGCUGGGAGUGGUCUCCACCUUUGAACAUUACCAAUUUCUGUAUGACACCAUUGCCAGUACCUACCCUGCACAGAAUGGACAAAUAAAGAAGAACAGCCAGCAGGAAGAUAAAGUUGAAUUUUGUAGUGAAGUAGAAAAAACAGAUCAGGAAACUGAUCUGAUCACUAUUGAUCUUACUCCAUCAACGCCACAGGAAAAUGAGGUUUCUGAAGUAUGUGAUGAUUCCAAGGCUGCAGAUAGCACUAAGGCAACAGAAAGCUCUACAAAUGGCCCCACAACUCCAGUUCUAACUUAGAGGUUAUAUUUAAAAAAAAAAAAGUGCUUUUUCACGUGCAAAAAAAAUCUUAGACCAAACAAGAAGUAUAAGAUUUCUUCCACUUCCCACUUCCACUCAUUUGGAAAAUGUUUACUGUUGUAUCAGUUUUUCAAAGGUACAAAUUUAAAGGAAUACUUGAAACUUUUAGAGAGUGACAACAAACUGUGAAAAUUUAAUUUUUAUGUAGAUUUGCAUUUAAUACUUCUUCAGAAACCUUUUCACUAUUUUAAUACUUUUUCUUUUAAAAAUAUGU